GUCCCCUAACGGCAAAUGGGUGGGUGCAUGUGUGUAUAUUUAAGAACUGUGUUUGUUGAACGAAUUCCCCAAAACAGACUUCAAGCAAAGUCAAAAUAGAAUUUCUGGCACAGGUUCAAUCUGAUCACGAACAUGGACACUCAAACGGACGCCCCUGGGUCCAUUGCUAACCCGAUAAAAUUUCGGGACCAGGAUUACGCGACUCUUCGUGAUGCAGGCGUUAAAUCCCGUUCGCUGUUUUCUGACCCAACCUUCGCCCCGGAUCAAAGCUCAAUCGGUUUGCCUCUUGACCCAGACCCCAAGAAAGAAAUCAAGUGGCUACGACCCAAGGAGAUCAAUGCCAACGCGGUGUUUGUGGAGGACACCAUGUCCACCACCGACAUCUGCCAGGGCCAGCUGGGUGACUGUUGGUUACUGGCGGCCCUGUCCUCACUCACCAUGCACUCCAAUCUGAUUGACAGAGUGGUUCCACCCAAUCAGAGCCUGGCAGAGCCCUACGCAGGCAUCUUCCACUUCACGUUUUGGCAGUAUGGUGAGUGGGUGGAGGUGGUGGUGGACGACAGACUGCCUGUACGUGGAGGCCGGCUGCUCUUCAGCUACUCCUGCACCCGCAACGAGUUCUGGAGCGCCCUGGUGGAGAAAGCCUAUGCCAAACUGAUUGGGUCAUAUGGCAGUCUGAAGGGGGGUAACAUCUCUGAGGCGAUGGAGGACUUCACAGGGGGCAUAGCCUGCUCCCUCUCUGUCUCCUCCCGCACCCCUGCCGUCCUGUGGAGAGCCCUCUCUGAUGCCCUGACACGAGGCAGCCUGCUCAGCUGCUUCAUACAGGCCAAGAACACCACAGAGAUCGGCACGGUAACUGCAGUGGGACUGGUGAGGGGCCAUGCCUACGCCAUCACAGACCGUGACACGGUGAAAAGGUCAGCUGGUGAGACCUUGCUACUGAGGCUGAGAAACCCCUGGGGCUUUGUGGAGUACUCUGGGCCCUGGAGUGACAAGAGUAAAGACUGGGAUGAUGUGGACGGUGACGAAAAGAAAAGGAUUCACCUGAAAAACAGUGAGGAUGGAGAGUUCUGGAUCAGUGUGGAGGACUUCAGCCAGCUGUUCAACACAGUGGAGAUGUGCAGUGUGGAGCCCGACCCCAUAGUGGACGAGGACACAAGCACGGACCCCCCCGCCACGCCCGCCUCUGACUGGACUCUCACCUCCUACAAAGGAUCCUGGGUACCAGGCUCAACCGCAGGGGGCAAUUCUACUAACAGUCGAUCUUACUGGAAGAAUCCCCAGUUCCAGCUCAACCUGGCAGAACAUGAUGAUGACAGGCAGUUGACACCAGAGGAGAAGCAAGUGGCAGACCAGCAGAAGGGGAAAGCAAAGCAGUGCACCGUGCUGGUAGAACUACUGCAGAAAAACCGGAGAAAUAAGGCUAAAAUCAACUUCCUCCAAAUCGCCUUCCACAUCUACCGGGUUCCUUCAGAGCUCAAGGGCCUGUGUCUGGACCAGAAGUUCUUCUCUUCCCAGCAGCCUGUAGGGAGCUCAGGGAAGUACCAGUCCACCAGGGCGGUGUGGAAGGAGGUGAAGCUCGACCCAGGAAACUACAUUAUCAUCGUGUCGACCAACAGCCCCAACCAGCCGUCAGAUUUCUUCAUCCGCAUCUACUCCAAAACAGGCAACGAUCUGAGGACUUACAGCGUCAGCUGCUCCACUGCCCUCCUCAUGACAAUGUCAACUCCUCCAGUCCAGCCAGAGGACCGCAUGAAAAUUCAGAAGACCUUUGAUGAGGUGGCCGGGCCGGAUGGCAGGCUGAAUGCUAAGGAGUUCAUGGAGCUGGUUAACUCAGUGCUGGAGAAAGAAUACCAGCUACCACUGGAGACAUGUAGACAGCUCAUCUUUGGGGAGGAUACUGGGGGGCGUGGCUGUCUGACCCAGGAGCAGACGGAGCCUCUACUGGCCUCUCUUCGCACUCUGCAGACAAUCUUUUUCAAGUAUGAUGAGGACUCUUCAGGGACCAUGAGCCCCUUUGAACUGAGUCUGGCCCUUCAGACUGCUGGCGUGCAGUGUGACGACCAGGUCAUGCAGGUGCUGUGGGAGAGGUUCGGCUCUGGGCAGCCUCAACUGCCUUUCCAUGGAUUUGUGGCCUGUGUCACCAGGCUGCGCAAGUUAUUCGCCCUGUAUAAAUCAGAGAGCCACCCUGACGUCAGCCACGGAGGAAUCAACGCAUGGCUUCUCAAGUUCCUGGCAGUGUGAGAGGGCUGGGUGAACAGGGUCUCUGCACGGGAACAGCAGGGGCAGGACAUGUCUGGCCAGGACCAUGUGACAUCAUCAUGCCUCGGUCGGCACCACUGUCCACACAGACCCUCUCUCUCUUUCACACGCACGCACCAUAUGUUCUCUGUUCACAUGGAUCUUUCCUGAGUUACUGUCACUUUACAGUUUUUCUCGAUUGCUUACAAGCAUCGGUCAAUACUGAAUCCAAAAUGACACAACAGUUCACACAGUGUGCAUUACCAAGAUGCAUUGUUGCAAAACAGUUAAUCUCACCCCCAAAACUCACUAAAACCACCAAAACAAGCUUGAUCCACCAAAACACUGGCAACA